AUGAAGCUCUCCGCCGUCAUCUUCCUCGCCACCUUGGCUGCGGCCACUCCCAUGAACGUUGAGACCGUUCAUGACGGAGCUGCGCCUAUUCUUUCCUCCACAAGCGCUGAGACCAUCCCCGGUCACUACAUCAUCAAGUUCAAGAAGGAUGUUUCCGCCGCCGCCGUCUCGGACCAUCACUCAUGGAUCCAGGACCUUCACAACGACGGCGAGGAGCGGAGGUUGGAACUCCGAAAGCGCAGUGGCGGCAGCGCUGAUAUCUUCAGCGGAAUUAAGCACAUCUACAAGAUCUCGGACGACUUCUUGGGCUAUGCUGGCCAUUUCGACGAGGAUGUGAUCGAGCAAGUCCGCCGACACCCCGAUAUCGAGUUCAUUGAGAAGGACUCCAUUGUCCACACCAUGAUUCCCGUCCCCGCCAAGGAUGAGUGUGAUGGUGAGACCGAGAAGAAUGCCCCCUGGGGUCUUGCUCGUAUCUCCCACCGCAAUACUCUCUCUUUCGGCACCUUCAACAAGUAUCUCUAUACUGCCGAUGGUGGUGAGGGUGUUGACGCCUAUGUGAUUGAUACCGGUACCAACAUCGACCACGUCGACUUCGAGGGCCGUGCCAAGUGGGGCAAGACUAUCCCCUCUGGCGACGAUGACAUCGAUGGCAAUGGUCACGGUACUCACUGCUCUGGUACCGUCGCCGGAAAGAAGUACGGUGUUGCGAAGAAGGCUCACGUCUAUGCCGUCAAGGUCCUCAGGUCCAACGGAUCUGGCACCAUGUCUGAUGUAGUCAAGGGUGUCGAGUUUGCUGCCAACGCCCAUCUCGAGCAGGUUGAGCUCGCCCAGAAGGGCAAGCGCAAGGGUUUCAAGGGUUCGGUGGCGAACAUGUCUCUUGGCGGUGGCAAGACCGAGGCCCUCGACCGCGUGGUCAAUGCUGCCGUCGACGCUGGCAUCCACUUCGCUGUCGCUGCUGGCAACGACAACGCUGAUGCCUGCAACUACUCCCCGCUGCCGCGAACAAGGCCGUCACUGUCGUGCACUGACAUCUUCGCCCCCGGCCUCAGCAUCCAGUCUACCUGGAUCGGCUCCAAGUAUGCUGUCAACACCAUCUCUGGUACUUCCAUGGCCUCGCCCCACAUUGCUGGCCUUCUCGCCUAUUACCUCUCGCUCCAGCCCGCCAUUGGAUCCGAGUUCUACUCUCCCCUUACCCCCGCCAAGUUGAAGGCUACCCUUCUCCAGAUCGCCACCGAGGGUACCCUCACCGAUCUCCCCAAGGACACCCCCAACUUGCUCGCCUGGAACGGUGGUGGCUGCAGCAACUACACCAGCAUCGUCGACCAGGGUGGCUACAAGGUCAAGUCGGCUUCUACCCUCUCCGACGACAUUGAGAACCUGUCCCUCCAUGUCUCCAAGGGUGCUGAGGAAUUCGCGCACAUUGCUGACAAGCUCGGCGCCAAGGUUCACGACAUGGUUGAGGAGGAGAUUACCAAGUUCCUCAAGAACCUCGAGGCCUAA